AUGGGUUUCCCAUCCUUCGCAGCGUCAAACGCUGUCAUAUACGUCACUUAUGGCGCUUUCCUAAUCAUGGGAACUGGAAUCGCUUGGAAGAUGAGAAAUCAGUCCAAAGCCGACUUUCUCUCAGGCAAUGGAACUCAGACGGCCUUUCCUCUGGCCCUCAACUUCAUCGCUUCCGGUGAGUAG